CCCUUACUCAACACAAAAAUACUUACAUCCUCAUUUCUAAAGGCGGAUGUUUUUAAUUAUAAAGCACAGAAGAGUGAAGAGAGAGUAAAACAGGAAGAUCAGAGUAUUUUGGCUGUUGAGAAAUUGAACUCAAUAUCUGACAUAGUUAAGAUUCAAAUUAUAUUACAUUUGUAAUAACCUGGACCAUGCCAAAGAGAAUAUCACCUCAGUUUUUCAUCUGCCUAAUGACAGCUGUUGCGACUACUCUGUCUGUAACAGGAAGUAAAGGAGAAGAUGACAAGAUGGCAUGUGUCAACGAACCAGAGUGGCACACGGCAUUUAUUGGAGACUCUGUUAGAAUCAACUGCACGUACCGUCUAACUGGAGAAAGCAGCGUCAAAUACUUCUACCGAGAAAAUCCAGACUCUGGUGGGACAGAUUUGAUUUCAAUGCACACUUCACCCGAGACUAGGAAAGGCAGGUUUUCUUUGACAGACCAUAAAGACCAGGGCUUCUACACUGUGAUGAUAUCCAAGGCGGUGGAGGAGGAUACUGGAAGAUACCAAUGUGCUAAGAGAACAGUUAAUGACAACUUCACAAAAUGUUUAACUCAGAUCCAUCUCCAUAUCGUGAACACAAAUAAAACACCAAAAGGGACUCAUACUGAUGAAGUGGCACAAAUUGAAUGUCCCUACCCAGUCUCCCAUAAGAACAAUAUAAAAUACCUGUGCAAGGGGGAGACUCCUCUCAACUGUGUGGAGUUAAUACAGACAACAAAAGGUGAAAUAAAUGGGGUUAAAGGCAGGUUCUCUAUACGGGACAACCAAAGAUUGAAUCACUUCACCGUGAACAUUCGAAAUCCGAGCACAGCCGACUCUGGAACGUACUGGUGUGGAUCAGACAGAAAAUGGCACAAUGCUUCUUACACAAAAAUCAAUCUUUUCACAGAUGAAAGACACAUCAAGACCAAAAAAUCAGGACCUCAGCAGACAACAGCAGCACCAUCUUCAACAACAACCCUCCAUGACCCAUCAUUCUCUGGCAGGAUUAUUGGUGUUACGGUAACGUGUCUGGCGUUGUUGGUGACAGUUGGGAUCGUGCUGAUAGUGUUCGUACCUAAACUCUGCAGGACACAAGGGGGAUCCACAAUGCAGAGCACAAAUGCUGGACAAAACUUAGAGGAAAAUCACAAUGAUCGAGUGUAUGAGGAGAUUAAGGAACGCAACCAGGGGCCAAGCUCUGGAGAUACAACUCUGUCUGCUUAUGCCCUCGUCAACCUCCCUGCAGAGCAGCUCCACUAUGCCAGUGUCAGUUUCCAGCAGGAAGCUGACACAGUCUCCACAGACAGAAAUCCACAUCCUGACACUGAUCAAAAUGUUUUCUCGGCCUGUGAAUACUCAUCUGUCAGAAUGACUCAGGAUGGCACCCAUCGUCCUACUCUCUACUAGCUUGACGUUGUCAGACUCACAAUUCUAGUCAGAAUGUGAGUCUGAGACCGCUCCAUUGGGCUGUGAUUAUGGGGCGUGUUUCAACUGACCAGGAAAUAAAAUUCCUCUUCGCUCAAUUGGAUAGACCUACAACCAAUCAGAGCAACGUAGUAUGUGACGUAUGUUAAGCAACGCAUUGUGAGUUAUUUACUAACGCCGGGUUCAUACCGGACGCUUCAGCGCAGCAUCAAGCCUUAAAUAACAGCUGGCUCCCAUCCACUCCCAUGUUAAAACUGUGUGCGGGUCACACCGGAGGUUGAAACGAAACGCUGCGCUGCGCCA